GUUGCGGGUUAAAAAAGAGAGCAAGAACGCCCUCGACGCCUCUGUACAGGCGCCCUGGUGAAAAGCAGAUGGCGCUUCGGCUUCGGUAUUUAUGCGGGACUUUCCUAAUGCGGAAAUCAUGUUGUUAUCCUCUUCGUCUUUCCCUUUCCCGUCUCCAUCAUUUAAUUCUCCUAUUGUGCGAAAUUUCCAAGUAGUUUCGUCUUCUCACCCACCUCUCUAUUCUCAUUUACAUGAUGCCUUGUUCCUCUCUCGCCACCGUUCUGUAGCUCUUUCAAGUGCCAAUUCUUUUUUUCUUUGAGGCACAAAAAUGGGACAGGUUUUUGGUUGCAUACAAGUUGACCAGUCAACUGUAGCCAUCAAGGAAAGUUUUGGGAAGUUUGAUGAUGUGCUUGAUCCUGGAUGCCACUUCUUGCCAUGGUGUUUGGGGAGUCGGGUUGCUGGUUAUCUUUCAUUACGUGUGCAGCAGCUUGAUAUUCGUUGUGAAACCAAAACAAAGGAUAAUGUAUUCGUCACUGUUGUUGCAUCUAUACAAUACAAAGCCAUGUCUGAUAAGGCAGUUGAUGCUUUCUAUAAGCUUAGCAACAAAAAGGAGCAGAUCCAAUCCUAUGUUUUUGAUGUCAUCAGGGCUAGUGUCCCAAAGUUGAACUUAGAUGAUGUCUUUGAGCAGAAAAAUGAUAUUGCAAAAUCUGUGGAAGAUGAACUUGAGAAGGCGAUGUCAACAUAUGGAUACAAGAUUGUCCAAACACUCAUUGUGGAUAUUGAGCCUGAUGUGCAUGUUAAGAGAGCUAUGAAUGAGAUAAAUGCAGCUGCUAGGAUGAGGGUGGCAGCAAAUGAGAAAGCUGAAGCUGAGAAGAUACUGCAAAUCAAGCGGGCUGAAGGUGAUGCGGAAUCCAAGUACUUAGCAGGGCUGGGCAUGGCACGGCAACGACAGGCCAUUGUGGACGGUCUGAGGGAUAGCGUUCUUGCAUUCUCAGGAAACGUGCCUGGAACCACAGCAAAAGAUGUUCUGGACAUGAUUCUAGUUACCCAGUACUUUGACACCAUGAAGGAGAUCGGUGCACACUCGAAGUCUUCAGCUGUGUUUAUCCCACAUGGCCCUGGGGCCGUGAACGACAUCGCAUCUCAGGUUAGAGAUGGAUUCCUCCAGGCCAAAACCACUCCAUGAAGUGGCCUUAAGAAGCAAUAUUGGCCAAUGCCAUUGCAAAGAAACUUUGGGGAAUAAACAUGUGGAUGUCUUGCUUGUAGCUGCGAACGUUUUGGUCAGCUAGGUGAAAUUAAUAACUUACAUUAUUGCCGUGAUGCUAUUGCCGAGUGAACACGAAGCAAUUAUAGUUUAUCAUGUUGCCUUAGUUGCAUGUUUUUCUUGAUAAUUGAGCUCGUGUUUGA